AUGUUGAUAAAUAUCUGCAGAUCCCUUUUCUUGUUUUGUUUAAUAAACACACACCUGAAUUUGUUCUUGGGACAAGACAAAGACUCCCUUGAAUUAAGCCACGCAACAUAUAGAGCGAAGAAUAAUGAUUACGUUUUAAGAAAUCGGAUGCUACAAGAAGUAAAGGCUGAGUGCGACCAGUGGUCAGAAUGGUCCGAAUGCUCAAAAUCCUGUGGAGUUGGAGUUAAAAUGAGGGUUCGAACAAGCAGCAGAAAGGAACAUUCCAAUGAAUGCUCCAAAAUUGCAGAAACCACAAUUUGUUUUUUAAAAGAUUGUGAAGAGUCAAAGGAAUCAAGAGAACGUGAUGCAAAUGAGGAAAAAGAAAAUAAAAAAAAAAAAGUCCUGCAAAAGUAUAUACUAAUUUUUAGCAUUUUCUCAGGAAUAAACAUAGUGAUAUUGCUAGUAUGUUUAGUUAUAUCUAUCAAGAAAAAAAUUCUAUAA